UCUGGAGCUAAUGAAAGCUCUUUUAUAAGGUGUCCUCCAACUUUUUCCUCUUCGACCGCUGUUUGAAGAACGGACCAUGGCGAAAAAGUAUGAUUUCCUUUUCAAACUGUUACUCAUCGGAGACAGCGGGGUGGGAAAAACAUGUCUGAUCAUCCGCUUUGCUGAGGACAAUUUCAACUCCACGUACAUUUCCACCAUCGGCAUUGACUUUAAAGUAAAAACCAUUGAAGUUGACGGCAAGAAAGUGAAACUACAAGUGUGGGACACAGCAGGGCAGGAGAGGUUCAAGACCAUCACGACAGCCUACUACAGAGGAGCCAUGGGCAUCAUCCUGGUGUAUGACAUCACAGACGAGAAGUCCUUCGAAAACAUUCAGAACUGGAUGAAGAGCAUCAAGGAAAAUGCAUCAGCUGGAGUCAGUCGGAUGCUACUAGGGAAUAAGUGCGACAUUGAGGCCAAGCGGAAAGUUACUACAGAGACAGGAGAAAAGCUGGCCAAAGAUCACGGCAUCAGAUUCUUUGAAACCAGUGCAAAGUCCUGCAUCAACGUCGAGGAGUCUUUUCUGGCGUUGGCACGCGACAUACUACAGAAAGCCAGCAAGAAACCCGGCACAACGGGUCGAGAGGUGAAAAUCACCAGCAGCACAGAGAAAAAAUCCUCCAAGUGCGUCCUUCUCUAGAUCUGAUGUCCAGCAGCACGCGCAUCAGUAUUACUACUAUUGGGGAGAAGCUCGAGGCUGCCGGUUUUCUGUCUCCAUCUGGUGGGCUUCAGUGCCAAUUACAUCACCUACAGUGUCUGUGUGAUGCAGCGUAUUCUUAUUUCUAAUAUAUAUCCAUUAUGUUUGCAUCCUUUUUUUUUAAUCAUCCCCCAGCAUUUUAAAUACAGCUGUUUCCUCUGUGUAUUAUUUAACACGCUGUUUCAUUUUUUAACAAGUUCUGGACUGGUUAGUUGUGUAAAAAAGUCACCUCUGUGUUUGUGUUCAGUCGUGUCGUAUGUGUGAGCACAUGCAGCGGUAGCACGUAGGAGAUCAGUGGCAGAGGAAGUCUCGGAUUCACAGUUUCAUAUUUGUGACUCUGGCACAGAUGGGUCCAAGGGUCUCUCAUGGAUUCUGUUAUGUAGACGAAGCGACUCCCUUGGCAACAGAUGAGACGUGUUACAUUAGCAAUGAACACAUGCAGUAACACAUGCAUUGAUGUUGAACAUGCUGGGCCUGCAUGAUGGGAGCGCUGUUUAAUAGAUGGUUCAGGGUCUGAGAACGUGUGAGACAGGAAGAGAGAUGGAUGCAAUAUGAGAAGGUGAGUGGAGGGACGAUCAAGUGAUGGAUGAAGCAUGUGAAUGGGUGUGAGAUGUGAGCGCCUGGGAGCAGCAGUGCCCCCUUGUCCCCCACCUUCAGUUGAUUCAGUGGGUCUCGCCUUUUUUCUAAAGUGCCUGGUGAAUCUCGAUAGUGCACGUCACCGUGGCGACGCCAGACAUUCAGCGUCACUGCUUACAGGUGCUCAUCUGAUAAAGCAGGUACUUCCCCUGUGCAGAUACACUGUGUUUCCUUGAGUUUCUCUCACAUUCGCUCUUUCUAGAAUCAUCACAUUUUAUAUGUAGUUCAUGCACCUGCUGCUUGCCAAAUAAAAAUGCAAAACAGGUCA